GCUGCUUAAUUUUGUUGGGCUGUUUGUCUCUGUAAUCGUAUGAAACACUAGUGCUACUGGAGAUAAUAAGCCGCAUCAGCCAUCUUGACACGGAUGUAGUAGCUCCCGAAGCUCUGGUCUUUAACGUGCCAGCAGUCCGUGCCAGCAGUCCGCUAGAUAGCUAUUUCUUUGAGAGUUCUACAUAUUGCAAUAGAGAACACUGAUCAAUGAGAUGAGGGGAUUGAUACUGGCGUAUUGUCUUACAUGGUCGAGCUUGUUAAUACCGGCUCAUGGGGAUGGAUAUCCUCCUGGCCACCUUCUGCCCCUCGGGAGCCACCAGCCUCCACAGGGAGGGAUACCAAUGAUGGGCAAGUUUCCAUCUCCGUGGGUGUUCUAUGAGGAAUUUGUGAAGCAGUCACAACCCUUAGUGAUGAGAAAGGUCCUCAUGGGCAGUGACAUUCCGGCUUUUGAUAAAUGGACUGAUGCUUAUCUCAGUGACAUCUUCGGCCAUUUACCGGUGGACGUGGAGAGUGGUAAGAAGGAAGAUAGAGAAAAUGGAACUUUGUGGCACAUGACAUUGGAAAAAUAUAUCAGCAUGUACAAAAAACUCAACGGCUAUUUGGUUACAGAUGUACCGGAGGCGAUGAAAGUGGACCUAAAAGUGCCCUUGACCUUACAGUGUGGUGGUUUCCAGAACAACCUGCAGAACAUCAUCAUGUGGUUCAGUAGCGGGGGCACCAAGUCCCAUCUUCAUAAUGAUGGUCUGGACAAUAUCAACUGUGUUUUGGAUGGGACUAAGGAACUCGUCCUCAUAGAUUUGAAAUAUGCUGAUUUGAUACACGCCGACGGCUGGGAGGAGAAAGAAAGUUACAGUCGGGUCAAUGUGGACAGGGUUGACAUGCACGAGUUCCCAAAACUGCAGAAAGUCCCCUGGCACAAAAUUGUGGUCAACAAAGGCGACUGUCUCUUUAUACCGUACAGAUGGUUCCACCAGGUCCACUCAUUGCCCGGUCGUAACCUGGCUCUAAACUUUUGGUUCCACCAUCGGAUGUGGUACAAUUCCUCCGAGUGUACAGACAUGGACCCCUAUACGGCGCCUUCCAAACCUCUUAGGCAGUUUGACUUCCCUCAACCUAUGGAAGAGGCCAGGAGCUUACUAUUGGAAUCACUGGAGGGGAAGGAAAGAAUUACACUGGAGGAUUUCUCCGCACUGUUUGGUACAGAUCAGAAGGAUGAUGGUAUUUCUGAGUGUUUUGGCAUCAUUGACGAGGAUAACAAUGAUUUGCUGGACUGGCCAGAACUGUACAAGUUUGAUUUAAACAAGAUGGUGAAAGACCACCCUGUCUUGUUUCCUGACAUAACCAGUGAAUUUGACACAGAGCAGGGUGAAGUAGAGGGCGGUGAAACUGACAAUAGGGAACCAGGAAAAAGUGACUUUCACGCUGAUGAUUUUGAUAUGGUUGAAGAGGAAAAAGAAGAGGAAGAUUUUAAAAAACAGACAGAUUUUGAAAAACCAACAUCUAACCCAUUUGAUAGUGAGACGAUUGAAACCUACAGUGGAAGGAUACCGGUACAUAUACAUCAUGUUAAACAGGAGCCGGAGGAAGUGGUCGUCAAAGUUAAAACGGAUCCAAAAAAAAUGAAACACGAGGAGUUAUAGUUGACAAUAUCAUUGUUUAGAUUUAAUCUUGGAAACAAAACAAGUGUCAUGACUCUAUUUUUACAUGCAAUGUUUGUUAUGAAGCAUCACGGACACUUGUCUACACUGUAAAUCUGCGUACUAAAAUUUAAAGCUUCAAAUCUGAUUAAUUUUCACAAUUCACUGGAGUCUUACUAGUUAGAAUACACUAGUUUAGUGAAGUCAUCACUAACCGAGUACUGUGUUAUUUAGAACACACUGGAUUAGUUUGUGGUUGGGAUAUUGUUGCUAAUUCAGCUUCAUCUGUGUCAAUAUAUUUGAGAGCAUAUUUUUGCAGUACUGAUAAUGUACAAAAUUUUGCUUUCACCUCAAUGAUAGAGGUUUUAAACAAAGCAAAGCUUUCAGUCCUGAUCUGAUCUAUAAGACUCUAUCAAUUUGAAAAAAAAUCCUCCAUAUUAACAUUUCAGAGAUUCAUGAGAAUAUCCUGCAAAUCUCUCAAUUUUUAGUAUGAUAAAAGUCUAAAAGUCAACAAAAUGUCAAGUGCUGAUACCUUACACAACAUGACUUACUGAAGGUAUUGUGUUCUACACAGUACAAAAUGUGACCAAUUUCAUUCCAUACCCAUUACAUUCCAUUACUGUUAAUUUGUAGUAUGACAUGUGUUUUGAUGGGAUAGUUUUUCCUAUUUUACUUUAGUAUACAGGUUGUGAGGCUCAUUCUUUUCUAUGAUAUAUAAUUAUCAUCCUUAAUAGAGAUGUAUCUGUUUAAGAUGAAGUAGACAUUAACUAUUUACUGUUAUAAUCAGAUCAAAGUGACACACUAGGUGUUAUCAAUUUUACUGACAUUUUACCAGGAUAUGUUUAACUUUUAUAUUCUGCUUAAAUAUUAUUUUGAGUCUUUUGAGAAGGAAUAUCUGUACGGUACUGCGUUUCACAUUAUUUAACUAUGCACUAACUUAUGAUUACAUUGGCAAAGAAGUAAUAACGACAGUGCAGGCAAAGAAAUUAGUCAAUUAUUCAGGGCGAUCUGCCCCUUUAUCAAGACAGGAACAUGCUUACUUAUGAUUACAUGAAUAUGGCGACUUGGUCAGGUUGCUAAAAUAGGCCUGCACCAGUAUACUAGUACAUUUUAGUACUUAGUAGGUGUACAGUUUUUCAUUCUGUGAAUGUUGUAGAGAUAUUCAAGAUUUGAUCUAUUUCAUGAGUGGUGUUUUGCAUUAUUUAAAUUGCUUUUUUCUAUCGCUGGCAAUAUUUCUGCACAGAAUUACAGCUGUGACUUAAUAUGUAUACAUAUCUAUGCAAUUUGUUUGUACAUCAUAAUCUUUAGUGCACACAUAUAAUGGUGUAAUGAUUUACACGUUCUUAUACAUUAUUUUUAUAAAAUGUUACUUCACUUUGUUCUUAUAAAACAUGAAACAGAAAAUUAAAACUUCUAAAAUCAGAAAAUUUAUUCUAAUUUAUUU